AUGCCAAGUGCAUCGAUCAUAAGUGAUUUUCAACGUUCAUCAUCCAAUUCUUCAUUAUCAUCUUCACUUCUUCUUGCUGCUUGCCAACAACAAUAUGAUAUAAAUGAUUUAUCAUAUUGUUUUGAUCAACAACAAAAAUUAUCAUCACCACCACCAUCAUUAUUAUCAUCAUCAACAUAUGAUUCAAUUGGUAAAAAAAGUCAAAAUAUGACUGAAUGUGUACCGGUGCCAAGUUCGGAACAUGUUGCUGAAAUUGUUGGUCGACAAGGUUGUAAAAUCAAAGCACUUCGUACAAAGACAAAUACAUAUAUAAAAACUCCUGUUCGAGGUGAUCAACCUGUUUUUAUCAUAACUGGUCGAAAAGAAGAUGUUUAUCUAGCUAAAAAAGAAAUCGUAUCAGCUGCUGAACAUUUUUCACAAAUUCGUGCCGCUCGUAAACAAAAUAGUACGAGUAUUUCAUCGAAUAGUAGUACUAGUAGUGGAAGUAAUACAAAUUUACAUUAUAAUAGUUUAAUAUAUCCAUCAACCAAUGUUCAACAAAUAACCAUACAAGUUCGUGUACCAUAUCGUGUUGUUGGUUUAGUUGUUGGUCCAAAAGGUGCAACCAUAAAACGUAUACAACAAACAACAAAUACAUAUAUUGUUACACCAGGUCGUGAUAAAGAACCUGUUUUUGAAAUAGCUGGUGCACCAGAAAAUGUUGAAGCAGCACGUAUUGAAAUUGAAAGUCAUAUUGCAGCUCGUACAGGUCAAGCAUCAGAUAUCGAUGAAAAUGAUUAUGAAAAAGAUUUAUUAUCAAUCACAGAUAUGAUUGAUACAAAUCAACAAUGUUCAAAAUGGAUUAAAUUAAAUAAUACUUCAUCAUCAUCAUCAUCGACAACAAAAUUAUCUCAUCAUUUAUCUUUACCAUUUCCUCAAGAUGAUAAAAUCAAAUCAACAUAUCGUACUGUAUCACAAUCAUCAUUUUUUUCCUCGUUAAAUGAUCAAUUAGAAUUAAAUUCAUCAUUUGAACAAAUUUCGGAUGAAAAUUUAGAUUCAAUUUGGCCAAAUUUUAAUUUUAUAUCAAUGAAAACAUCCAUGGGUUUUGCUUAA